CCCAUCGCACAGCCCGCUUUUUACGCACUGCGUGCUUCUUGCAGGCGCGCAUUAAAGAGACAACGGGGAAAUGUGCGCGUAGUCUGCAUUGUUUACCUUGAAAUUUAGCGCACAAUGGAAAGCGAUAUUUUAGAUAUAUUGGAACAGCUCGGGUACACGGGACCUCUAUUAGAGGAGCAAGCACUGGGCACGGCGGCUGAGGAAGGAUUUUCCUCCGAGGAGUAUGUGAACCUGUGCGUGUGGCUGACAUCGGAGCUGAAAGUGAUGUGCAAGUUGGAGGAGAGCAUAACUGCAGCGCCUGGUGACUUGGAGAGUUUACAACUGGAAUUCAGUGGUCUGCUUAAGGAACUGGCAUGCCCAUAUCAAGCUCUCUUGUCUGGAGAUAUAAAAAACAGACUCUCAACUAAGGAGGAUUGCCUUAAAUUGAUCUUGUAUUUAAGUUCAGAGCUUCAGGCCGUUAGAAUUUUACAGACUAGACCUCAUCUCAACUGUUCAGCUGAAGAGAAAAAUGAAGCCUUUACAGAUCUAAAAAACAUCUGCAAAGCUCUUAUGCUGCCCGAACCUAAUAGUUUAAAAACAGCAGACUUAUUUUGCAACAUUGAUGCCAAGGUAAGAGAACUUCUCGCAAAAGCUCCCAAGAAUCAUGUAGGAGCACCACUACUGAAGGCAGUGUUAAGUCCUGAUCAAUGGGUAAAACUGGCAGAAGUUAAUAAAUUACUCGGCAAAGAAUAUGAAUGUCGCCGAAGAAUGUUGAUCAAAAGACUGGAUGUUACAGUGCAGUCAUUCAGCUGGUCAGAGAGGGCUCAGAAACAGACAGACAGCAUGGCAAAGGCUUACCAGCCAAAAAGACAUGCAUUAUCUGCAAAGUCAGUUAUUGGAUUGCCAUUUCUGCUUGCGGCACGAGAAGACCUUUCCAAAAUUAUAAAGACAAGCAGUGGAUUGUCUCGGCAAAAAACAACAUGUGCCAUUAACAAGGUACUAAUGGGUAGAGUUCCAGACCGAGGUGGCCGCCCAUCAGAGAUUGAAGCACCUCCUCCUGAAAUGCCACCAUGGCAAAAACGGAAGGAUGAUGGAGGACGAGGUGGAUGGGGUGGAAGGGGAGGAGGAAGAGGAGGAGGAGGUGGUGGUGGAGGAAGAGGAGGAGGAGGUUGGGGUGCUGGCGGAGGUGGAGGAGGUUGGGGUGCUGGUGGAGGAGGUGGAAAUAGAGGCGGCGGUGGUUGGGGUGGAGGAGGAUUUCGAGGUGGUGGAAGGGGUGGAUAUAACUCUUACAGAUGAAAGGCUUUUUAUAUGUUUUUGUGCACAUUGUAAAAAAUACAUACUGACACAUCCCCCUCCUUUGAGUAUAAAACAAGGUGACCAUUGCAUACAAAUCCCAUUCAGGUGAUGGUCAAAAAUGUGUUUGGUCAAAUUUGUAGUGUUCAAAGGAAUACUCUCCUUCUAAAGCAGUUUCUGAAUGGCUGUUUUUGUUUCUCACUUUUGUAAUUGAAGAACAAAAUAGUAAAUGAAUCUCUCAGUUUAGUCCUGAUCACGUGUAGUAUUUAAGUAUUGAUGAAUUUAGUGAGGGCUGUACACAUAAAGUGCAUCUGCCCAUUUUGCCUAUAUGUUAGUUUAGAUCUCCCAAAUUAAAUGCUAGUGCAGUUACAAUUGAUUUUACAGAAGUCUUUACAGACCUAGUUGUGUUAAUUCAGAUUUCUUCUUUUAAAAUCAAAAUACCAGUUACAAGAAGAGCAUUAACAAUAUUUUUAUACUUAUCAGUGUUAUCAAAGACUGAGGAUUUCAGGGUUUUCUGAUUACAGUUUUUUUUAUCAUUAUUAUUGUUAUUAUUAUUUCAAAUUGGAAUAUGAUCUUAAAAACAUCUGCUCUGGCAUUUCUUUUUUUCUAGUCACUGAAUCCCAAUAAAGUGAUGUUUUGAAACAGGCA